UUUACUUACAUCUUGUAAUAUCUUAUUAUGGCUACAUCCAAUGCAAAAGUCGGCUCUACUUCAGAUGAACUGCCGACUUCACAAAGGAUCGACGAUCUCGAACGAAUCUUCGCGUGGUUCGACGUAGACGGCGACGGAAAACUCUCCGCCGCCGAGCUCCGACUAAUGAUGAAUGCCGUCGAAGCGGAGCUCAGCAUCGAGGACGCGGAGGCUGUCGUCAGGUCGGCGGAUUCGGACGGGGACGGGCUUUUGGAUUUGAAUGAGUUCGUGAAGCUCGCGGAGUUGGAAGGAGCAGAGGAGGGCAAGGAGCUGAGGGAAGCAUUUGGCAUGUAUGAGAUGGAGGGGAAGGGCUACAUCACCGCCGCGAGCCUCAAACAGAUGCUGAGCCGGCUCGGCGCGUCGGCGGAGUUGAAGGAGUGCAUGAGCAUGAUCAAAAAGUUUGAUCUUAAUGGUGAUGGUGUCCUGAGCUUUGAUGAGUUCAGGACCAUGAUGAAGCUUUGAGCAAUCUAUCACUUCUUCAUGUAAUUCCUUUUCGAUUCGCAGUUUUUGUUCACAAAGAUG